AUGGCUUUCAGGAGACCUAGUGCUUCCUGGCCCGCGGCCAGCUUCCACUGGCGCACCGCGGUGGGCAGCCCGCACGGCCAUCAAGGUCCUCCUGCCAGACGACUCUCACGACGUUCAGACGUGCCUCGACAACGCCUGGCCACGCUCUCGGACGCGCAUCACCCCCGGCGUACCUUCACAGAGCCCGUACCGCUCAGGGAACACGGCACAGAGCUCCUCGACAACGUCCUGGCUGCCGUGCAGAUCCAGGAUCCGUACCAGGCCUACCACGCCUUUUGCAAGUGGACAGACGCGCUCGGGGAUGCCAGCUCGCCCGCGCACCAGGCCGCCGUCCGGCAAGCCCAGGGGCUACCGGGACCCUCGCUGUCGGAGAUUCUGCGCACCCUGGACCCCUUGCUGCCCGUCACGCACGACACCGCCCACGGCCUCAACCUGACCAAGGGCCAGGCGCAGUUCUCCGACGCCGGCAAGCUGCUGGACCAGUUCGGCGUGCGCGUGCAGCACCGCCGUGUGCUGCGCGGCAUGCAGGUCCUCGCGGCGGCCCGCGGCGAAUCCCCCCACCACCGAAGCGGCCUCGCGGCGGCCGACUACGAGAUCCUCCUGCGGUGCGCCGGCGCGGCGUUGGACUACCAGGCCGCCAAGGACUUCUGGGCAGACAUGGCCCGCCGGGGCCGGCAGGACCUGCGCACCGUCAGGACGUGGACCGAGUUUGUCAAGGCGCGCAACCGCGAGCCGCUGCCGAUGGACCGGCUGAAGCGGCUGGACGACAUGAGGCUGAGCAUCAACGCCAUGAUGAGGGAGCCCUGGAACCGGCGGCCGGACGAGCCGGACGAGGACCUGCGCCGGCUGCUGCGGCGGCGGGGCGGCUACCGCGGCUACCGCGGCCACUGGAUCCGGGCGCUCUGCUACGGCCACGACCUGGACGAGGAGCUCCUGUGCGCCUCCCUCGUCGCCUUUGCCAGGUCCAGCUCCCUGCACGCCAUCAAGACGCUCGUCUUCAAGAAGCACUACGACAUCGACAUCGACGUGGGCUCGGCCCAGGUCUCGGGCGGGGCCGAGCUGCCGCCCGGGUCCGCCGUCCGCCCCACCGGCCGGCUGCUCCGCGCCAUCGUCGAGGCCUUUGGCUGCAUGUCCCACGUGCGGCUGGGUAUGAAGCUGCUCGACUUUGUGUCGCGGCGGUACGCCGUGCCCAUCCCCCCCGAGACGUGGUCCAACCUGCUCAGCUGGACGUACCUGUGCGCGUCCAAGCCCUUCCGGUCCAUGAGGCGCAUCCACGGCGACUUCCCCUCCACCGCCGUCACCGCGGCCGACGUCCGCCUCGUCUGGAGCGCCAUGACCUCGGAGCCGCACCGCGUCGCCCCCACCUUCCACGACUACGACGCCUACAUCAAAUGCCUGCUCGUGCAGCGAACCCUCGGCGGCGCCCUCCACAUCAUCAGGCAGCACAUACUGCCCCUUUACGCCCGCGUCCUCGGCGACUACCACGCCGCCCUCCUCGACGAGCUCGUCCAAAACGACAGCGGCAACGGCAACGGCAACGGCAACGGCAACGGCAACAGCAACGGCAACAACAACAACGACGACGACGACCUCGCCCGGGCGGCCACCACCCGCCGGCGCCUCCAGGCAGAGGUGCGCAAGGACUACGUGCACAACCGCAUCGCCAGCUGGCUCGACCGCCUCGUCAAGACCGCCUCGGCCAACCGGUUCCACCGCGACGGCGCCGUCAUGCGCACCCUCAUCCCCAACCUCCUCGUCGAGUUUGGCGACUUCUUCCCCCCGCAGGUCCGCUACCGCACGUCCCAGGGCCGCGUGCGGCUGGACCGCCCGGACGCCGCCCGCCGCUGCGACUGGGAGCGCCGCCUGCGCCGCACGCUGCCGCAGAAAAAGGCCGGCAUACACGCCCGCGACGCCGAGGGCUCCGACCAGCCGGGCUUUGCGUACCCGCGCGUGCCGACCCUGACGAUCCUCGAGUGGCAGCGCAGACCGAGGCGGCGGAUGGCGAGGGUCGGCCGCGUGCCCCGGGAUCCGGAGCGCCUGGAGGCGUGGCGGGCCAAGCUGGAGGAGGAGCUUGCGCUGUAG